AUGGAAGCCGCGGCGAAGACGGUUCAGCAGCUCACACAGCGCAUCCUGCCCGAGAAACCACAUCAUCUCUCUUACUCCCCCGACUGGCGAUAUCACAUCCCCGCCAGCGAAUCCCGACAGAAGCAUCCUGAGGAAUGGGAUAUUACUCGCUUGCAAUAUUCAACUCUCGUGUCGGAAGCCGAUCGCGGUGUACUCCUUACUAGAUCCUACUACGACAUGCGUGUCGAGCCUCCUAAGCCCGUCCCUCGCGACGUGGGCAUUCUCGCAAAAGGCGGCGAGAAGAAGAAGCUGUCACUCAGUGACUACAAGAACAAAAAGACGUCUGGUGUGACCUCGGAUGCCUCCACCCCAGAACCACCCAGCGCCAAAAAGCGCGACCUUGAGCGCGCAUCUGCAGAGCCAAGAUCUGUACCCGAGAUCAGGAAGCCCGAUUCACAACGACAAAAGGAUCAGCACCCCGAUACCAAAUCACAAAAGUCCAGGGAACUUCCAGUUGUUGACAUGAGGCUACCCCCUAAACCGCCCGCAUCCCUUCCACCUCGUCCCGUAUCACCAGACAGCAGAAAACGUGCAUCGAACGUCGAAGAUGACCACAGGUCCCAAAAACGACACAGGCCGGACAUGCCUCGCUCUCACGAUGAUCGAUCGCGACCAGGCCGCGAUGAACCCCCUCGUAGAAAGGAUAGAGAUUCUCUGGCGCCAUCUGAUAUUCCACCAAGGGACAAGCCUACCAGCUCAUCCUCGCUUCCCAAUGGACGUAGUAUAUUGAAGAGUACCAGCACCUCCGCUCGCAAUCCUUCUCCGGCUGGCCGCGUACGUGGCGACUCUGUCAAUGGUGUUCGACCUGGCGCAUCGGGGAGCACGAAGGGAACACCAAAUAAGAUAGAUAAUGCUUCGCGGUCGUCCGUGCCCCCGCUAUUAUCACCUCUUCACUUAAGCUGGGACAGCCAAAACUCAACGGACAAAGGCGACAGGAGACGGGUUCGUGAGGACGCUGCGGAUGCCGCCAAAGCAACGAAACCGAAGAAGCUGGACCCACCCCCAGCAUCGAAGACAAAGAACGAUGCAACCAGAGAAAGAUCUCCAAUUCGCUUACCUGCGCUCCUAUCUCCCACAUUACCGAGCUCCCUGGAGGCUGAGCUAUCGCGGAGAAAGGUUUCAACGAAAGCAACGGAGUCCAAGACCCAAGAUGACCGAGAAAAAGAUGAGCCGCGCGAGAAGCGUUCCGAAGAAAGCCACAAGUCAUCAACGGCGAGGAAAGCGCCUGUCGAGCAUGAAGAAGAGGAGGACGGAGAGGGUGGAGAGGGUGGAGAGGAGCAGGAUGGUGAUGCUCACAGUACCAAAGAAAAGAAACGGCUGAUCGUUACUCUACGAAUAUCCAAGAGAAUGCGGCAAACGCUCAAGCGUAUCCUGGCCCUACCUUCUAAGCGCAGAGAGCGGUCUGAAAGCAUGGAGGCGCCGUCUAUCAGUCAGGCGAAGAAGCGCCCUGCGCCGUCAGACAACACCGGCGAUACAAUAGCUGUCAAAAGACCUCGAAUGCCUUCGGUUUCUGCCAGUCUCCCACCACCAUCGACUCCCUCUAAAAAGGGUGCAGCCAUGUCCCGAGUCAGUUCCAGCAACUCGCAGGCUCACACACCGGGCGACUCGUUCACCGUGACACCUGUACCUGUUGGGUCAUCAGAUCGGCCAACCACCAAUGGCACAGAUGCCGCUCGUGACAAGGCCGAUCCACGGGCCAUUUUUGAUAAACACACACGAUUUUCUACCUUAGGCCGGCGACUGAAGCAUGAGGGCGAUGUCGCUAAUCAGCGGUUUAACAAGCUUUCGAGUAGUGGCGACAAACGAGGGGCCGAUUCGAGUCGCAAACAAUAUUACGCACUCGCCGUGGAGAGCACUGUUGCAUUCAUGGCGAGCUUCUACCUUCUUAACGUCAGUCGAAAUUUACAAAACAAACCAUCUGAUCCGGGCUCUUGGGCCAGCCUGAUCAAGAUGGUGGAUUAUCUAACAAACGAGACACGCCGUGACUCGCGGCGAAGCCAACCCAUGUAUGCCCUUAUCUUGAUUCUACAAGCCAUCACUGUGGAUGAAUUCCUCAAGGCAUCUGCCAACUACGAGAAUAUCUCUAAGGAGGAGCUCUUUGCACACCAGUCGACUCGUUAUCGGAAUUGGCCCGCGGUUCACAGCAUUUAUGACGGCAUUGGAAGCUCUCGUCUUCGAGCUGACAUUGCGCCCUGGUCGACUGUUGAGGAAGUUUGCCAAGCGUCGAUGCGUGUUGUUCGGCACUGGUGCCAGGAGGAGAAUGUCCAGUGGUCACCGGAGUUUGAUCCUAAUGAAGCCAGCAUUAGGGUUGCCCGGUAA